CACGUGACCGGCCAACACUGAGUCUUGUCUGGCUCUGGCGUCGGAGCCAUCGUCGCUCGUUCCCUUCUCGGCGGCGGUACCUGCUCCCGGUGGCCCUGAGGACGUGCGGGCCAGGGGCGGCCCGGAAAGUAGGAAGCGGAGGGUGAGCAGGUCUGCGAGGCUAAGUGUCGCGGCGGCGCACCCCGCGUCGAGAAUCGGGAGGAGGAGGAAGUGACUGCAAGGAUAGGCCCAGGAGUAAUGGAGUCCAAGGAGGAGCUAGUGGCAAACAAUCUCAACGGGGAAAAUGCCCAACAAGAAAACGAUGGAGGGGAGCAGGCCCCCAUGCCGAAUGAAGAAGAAUCCCGCCAUUUGGGAGGGGGUGAAGGCCAGAAGCCUGGAGGAAAUAUCAGGCGGGGGCGAGUUAGGCGACUUGUCCCUAAUUUUCGAUGGGCCAUACCUAAUAGGCAUAUUGAGCACAAUGAAGCGAGAGAUGAUGUAGAAAGGUUUGUAGGGCAGAUGAUGGAAAUCAAGAGAAAGACUAGGGAACAGCAGAUGAGGCACUAUAUGCGCUUCCAAACUCCUGAACCUGAUAACCAUUAUGACUUUUGCCUCAUACCUUGAAUCCUAAAAGUUUUUGCUGAGGUUAAUGUGAACACUGCUUUACAAGCUUGUAUUUUUGUGAUUUACUUUUUCUGUAAGCCUUUUGGUGUUCCACUUAACCAGUUUCUAAUGGAAAUUAGAAUUCUAAUUGUAUAUUUGUCUCAGCCAAAAAGUUACUGUCAGCAUGGCAAUUCACCCAUUUUAGGAAAAAUACUCUUUUCAUAAUGUGAAAUGCGUAAAGCGGUUCAAAAAGCAGUCUGUAUUCCAUCAUCUUCCUCUUUCAUUCCAGUCCUUGUUUUUUGUAAAUACUACUUUUCCUCCUCCGGCUACCUGGACUCAAAAUCUCAGUUGUCUUUGACAAUUUUUUUCUUGUCCCUGCCCAAAAAAGAAUGAUCAUACCCAUAAUUCAGUGUUUGAUAUUUUAAGAAUGUAUGUUCUAGUGUUUUUCAGAGUGAGUCUACCAUCUGUAUAAAAAAACCUUGGGGACAGGAGCAUUUAAGAAUGUGGGACCUAUCAUCCAGACUCACAGAGUGGGGCUCCAGAAUCUGCAUUUUUAGCAAACUCUAAGUCUCUGAUGUGUACCAAAAUCAGUGCCAUUGGUGUGUGUGUAUGUAACUAUGUAUGUGUGUGUGUAUAUAUAAUGUGUCAUAACCGUAAACAAUAAAGAAUAUCAAGAUGAA